CCCCGACCUGUGACCCACUACAGUUUGCAACGACCACCGUCACUCAAAGAGCGACUACUCUUGACUCUACGAUACUCAAUGUUGCACUGAAUAACUACCGGGCACGAUAUCCCAACCUCAAGAGAUAAUGUCAACAUCUGCUGACCGCACCCCUCUCCUCUCGCCUGGAUCACAGCAGUCCGCCACCAGCCAAGCAAUCAUCAACAGGAACAGAAAAAUGUUCUGGGCCUUGGGCUGCAUCUAUGGUGCCACAGCCGUCGGCUUUGGGGCCUUCGGGGCUCACGGAUUGAAGAAGGUUGUCUCGGACCCCGCCAAGAUUGCCAGCUUUGCUACUGCCGCGCACUAUCAGCUCGUCCACUCGGUAGCCCUACUCGUCGCCUCGCAGGCCGCCCCGCACAACACGGUCGCGGGCGGGCUCUUCACCGCGGGCAUGACCAUGUUCAGCGGCAGCAUCUACGCGCUGGUCGUCGACCCGGCGCGCUUCCGCUUCCUCGGCCCCGUCACGCCGCUCGGCGGGCUGUGCCUGAUCGGCGGGUGGGUUGCCCUGGGCCUGUCUUGAGCGGGUUCCGGGUCGGUUCUUGGUAGCCGUUACCUUGUUGAUGGUGGUGAUGGGAUAUAUGAGAGAGCGAGAGAGACGGAGAGACGGGCAGACAGAGAUAGCAGACUAUCAGAGAGUGGUGUGGAUUUUGUUUGUAACUCUCGCGCAAUGCUUUCUGCCUGCUGUCUUGUGUGGCCAAUGCUAUACUAUAGCACAGGCGAUGCACACAGAGGUCUCCAUCUGUCUCAGCUAGAUGUACGAUAAUUGUUCUCAUCGAGAGCAGGGUAUUGCAACAAGGAGCAUUUCGUGCGAGAUGUCCAUAACCUGAGUGCUGGCCAUGCUACAGUUGUGCUUCCAACUUCACUCAGAAAAGUGCGGCAUCAAAUGGC